AAGACGACAUUUGAUUGUCCUGUUCGUUGUGCCUUCAUGAUUAAUGAGAGAAAGGAUGAGUUAUGAACAGGCUCAGACCUUCUACCUUCACUGCCCCGACGACAACUCCAUCUCUACGACCGCCACCACGGCCUAUUCCAACCUUUACUACCAAAUCCUUCAACGCUACCAUCAACCGACUAUCCUCCCAGAACGCUCACUACCAAGUUCUCACUACCUUUUUGUCCAUGCUUAUCACCAAUACUCCUUCAGACCCGUAUACCUUUCCUAGUCUACUCAAAGCUUGCACCUCCUUAAACCUUCUCUCCUUCGGCCUUUCCGUUCAUCAACAUGUUGUCGUUUCUGGGUUCUCUUCGGAUUCAUACAUUGCUUCCUCUUUUAUUAAUUUCUAUGCUAAGUUCGGGCUCACUUGCAAUGCCCGUAAAGUUUUUGACAAUAUGCCCGAGAGAAAUCUGGUUCCUUGGACGGCUAUCAUUGGAUGCUAUUCGCGUGCGGGUGAUGCUGAUAGUGGAUUUUGUUUAUAUAACCAAAUGCAAAGCCAAGGUAUUCAGCCAAGUUCCGUGACCUUGUUAGAGUUGCUUUCUGGGGUGGCUGAGCUGUCUGCCGUGCGGUCUUUGCAUUGUUGCACCAUAGUGCGUGGUUUUGAGUCUGAUAUUGUUUUGGUGAAUUCCCUUUUGAAUUUAUAUGGUAAAUGUGGAAGCAUUGAGGAGGCCAAGUACUUGUUUGAUUCAAUGGAUCAAAGGGAUAUAAUUUCUUGGAAUUCUUUGAUUCUGGGUUAUUCCCAAAUGGGAUAUAGUAGAGAGAUAUUGCAUCUUCUGUAUAGAAUGAGAAUUGAAGGUGUGGAGCCAAACCAGCAGACAUUUGGGUCUAUGGUGUCUGCAACUGCAAGGCAGAGUGACCUUGGUGUUGGAAAAUUGGUGCAUGGUCAGAUCUUAAAAUCUUGUUUUGAGAUGGAUUCGCAUGUGGAGACAUCACUUGUAAACAUGUACCUGAAAUGUGGAGACAUUGAUGCUGCAUUUCAGAUUUUCGAACAGACGCCAGAGAAAGAUGUCAUUUUUUGGACAGCAAUGAUAUCUGGACUUGCACAGAGUGAUUGUGCUGAUGAGGCACUAGUUGUUUUCAGUCAGAUGUUAAGAUCAAGAGUAGAACCAUCUACAGAUACCGUGGCCAGUGUUCUUGCUGCUUGUGCACAAUUAGAAUCCCUUGAACUAGGGGCCACUAUUCAUGGUUACACAUUGAGGCGAGAAAUAUCGUUGGACAUUCCUGCCCAAAACUCUCUCAUUACCAUGUAUGCAAAAUGUGGUCGUUUGGGGCAAGGUUGUGUUGUUUUCGAUACGAUUGGAAAGAAGAAUUUGGUUUCAUGGAAUGCCAUAAUUGCAGGACAUGCUCAAAAUGGCCACUUAUGCAAGGCGUUAUCCAUUUUCAAUGAGAUGAGGAUCACUUGUCAAAGACCUGACUCAAUAACUGUUGUCUCUCUCCUUCAAGCUUGUGCAUCAAUUGGUGCUCUACAACAAGGGAAGUGGAUCCAUAACUUUGUAAUUAGGUGUUGCCUCGGUCCUUGCGUCAAGGUUGACACAGCUCUUGUGGACAUGUACUGUAAAUGUGGUGAUCUGGAGAUGGCUCAAAAGUGUUUCGAUGGGCUGUCACAGAAAGAUCUGAUUUCAUGGAGUGUGAUCAUUGCAGGUUAUGGCUGCCAUGGCAAAGGGGGGAGAGCGUUGAAAUUGUACUCAGAAUUCCUUCAAACUGGGAUGGAGCCGAACCACAUUAUUUUUCUCUCAGUUCUCUCGGCUUGCAGCCAUAAUGGACUUGUUCAAGAAGGAUCAAACUUGUUCCAGUUGAUGACUGAAGAAUUUGGGAUCAAACCUAAACUUGAGCACCGUGCCUGCAUUGUUGAUCUUCUUUGUAGGGCUAGAAGAGUGGAGGAGGCCUAUAACUUUUACAAGCAGAACUUCCAAGAACCAGCAGUAGAUGUUCUAGGCAUACUUCUUGAUGCUUGUCGUGCCAAUGGUAACAUGGGACUUAGUAACAUUAUUGCUGAAGAGAUCUUCAUGUUGAGACCUGUGGAUGCUGGAAAUUAUGUUCAAUUGGCACACAGCUACGCUUCAAUGAAUAGAUGGGAUGGCGUAGGAGAGGCAUGGACCCAGAUGAGGUCACUAGGCUUGAAGAAACUCCCUGGUUGGAGUUCAAUUGAACUACAUGGGAGUAUGACAACAUUUUUCAUGAAUCACAAUUCACACACCCAAUAUGAACAGAUAGUGUCAAAGCUGAUAACUUUGAGAUGGGAAAUGAGAAAUAUGGAGACUUGCUGUAAAACCAAUCAAGUUGUUGGCAUAUGGUGAUUUUGUGGCCCAGUGGCUGAGUUGCAAGAGGUCAUAGGUUCGAUUCCUAGUAUGUCCUCUAUGUUGUUUACUCUUUUUUAGGAAAAAUCAAAUUUUCAUGUUACAAUACUUUAUUUGUCUUUG